AACGUUGUUGAGAGUAGUUUGUAGAGCUUCGGGUCGUCGUAGGUAAGGCUUCAAUAAGAAGGCAUUUCAUUGGAUAACUCGCUGACUAUGCAAGCAGUAUAAGCACACGCUAUUAAACCUACUUUAAAGCAGGGAAGGACCAUGCAUGUUUCAUGUUUAUCCCAAGAGCCCUAUGCAUGACGGGUUUCCAUGAUGUUGUAUUUAGACGAAGACACUUUUGUGCUAUAUUCUCUUUACACGUAUUUACACCACGUUGUCAAGUUGGUCUUCUUUCUGUUGCUUGUACGGGACCAUGUAGCUCAGUUGUCCUUGUGUGGCUGAAAUGUGUUUCCCGGCUGAGCUAAGAUGAACUUCAGGGAAGCAGUAAUGUCAUUAAAGUACAGAUAAGGAAUGCUGGUCAUUCACGAAUUAGCAUAGUCUUAGGCAAAGCAAGUUUGAUCCCUGCAAUAAACUUUCAUGAAGUCUCAAACAUAAGCAACCAUCUAAUAUAAUACUAUUUUUAAAAGAUGUCCUGAGAUCAUAGAAAACGUGGAGGUGUUGGAAGUUGUGAACGUGACUGAGAAGCCGAAGAGCUACUGUAGUCAAAUGGAUGUGACUAUUCCAAAAAAGAGAAAGAGCAAAGCUCAAGAAGACAACGUGGAGAAGCCUAAGAAGCCUAGGUCGGCCUACCUGCUAUACUACUUUGACGUACAUCAGAUCAUGCAAAAGGAAGUCCCUAAUCUACCACAGUCGGAGAUCAACAAGAGAAUCAGUAAGAACUGGAAAAGGCUCAGCAUCGCCGAGAAAGGCUACUACCUGGAAAAGGCCAAGUCCGAGAAAGAGGGCACAGACACUUCGUCUCUCAGCCCCUCCAUAGACCUGCCAGGCUUCCGCAAAAUCCUCCCCCGAGCCAGUUACAUCCUCUUGUCCAAAGGCUGCUCCUCACAUCAGCAGCUGGUGGGUUCUCAGUCGGAGGUGAGCUUGGAGGCUCUGGACCCCUCAGUGGAGAGAGGCCCGCCUUGCAUCUCUCUCCCCCAGGAGCCCCACUUCACACCUCUUGAGUUGGCGAGUGAGGUGGAGCUUUCCGAGCAGCAGGUUGUUGUCGACGACAUAGCAGGGGAGACCGAAGUGGCGUCUAAUCCCACAGAACCCCAAGGCCUGGCUUUCUGCUCGUCCUCCUCAGUGUCAUGCAAAGCCCCGUCCUCUAGGAGCACCCUCAUCUCACAGGGCUGCCGUGGCCUUGUGGCCAAUGGGGUCACUCUGAAAGGAAAUGAAACCACAGUUACCGGUAUCGGUUAUGGUGGUCCGGUGGUGCAGCAGAUGCCGGGGGAAACGACACAUGUGGUUUCCAUCGUACCCACACAGAACCUGCUAGAGCCCAAGCCUUUGCCAGGGGUCAGCUCUGUGGGCCCAGUGAUGAUGGUCUCGGUCGGAGCCAGCACGGAACUAUGUGCCAAGCCGUCCUAUAAAAUGUGCGUUAAGACGUACACCCGCAGAGGUCGAGGGAGAUGUCUAAAUCCUGGAUGUUCAUUUGUCUAUGUCACACGCCACAAGCCACCAAAGUGUCCUGAAUGUGGAACCCACUUGGCAGGAAAAUGGAUACCUGCUGCAAAGAAGACGCAAGAGAAAGAACCCACGUCCAAGCAACUGCAACAGAAAGCUGAAACCAAGAUUAAUGACGGCUGCCAAGCAACACCUGCCCCGGUUCCGGAGGGCAAUGCAGAUGUCGUUGAAGCGGAUGUCACCGGGAGCAAAAAAGUACGUCCAGUUCAACGGUGCCCCAAAAAGCCGCGUGCAGUUCCUACUAAAAAGCCACCAGAGGGCGGCAGCACCAAGGAGCAGGAAAACACAAACCAGGUGAAAGGCAGCCUUCAGAGCACGACGGUCCAAGGUCCAGACAGAAGCAAUGCUGCCGUUCAAAAGAGGCCUGUGAGACCCAUCCUUCCUGCCUACUGCAACGCAGGCCGUGCUUUGUUCCAGAUUAUAACCGUCCCACCUGACAAAGGAAAGAGUCAGGGUGGAAACAACAACAGUUCAUCCACUGUGCCUUUAGAGAGUUUCUCAGGACUGAAACCCAGCACUUUGAAGCAGCUCGGCCAGACGCUCGCAACAUCCGGAUCAAAGCAGGACUCUUCUCUCCCUGCAGGUGGAAGCCAGUCUGUGUGUCCUUCGGUUGAUAAGGGAGUGAACAUCAUGUCAUUCGUCCCUUUCAAACAAAACACUGUUUCCAGCUUUGAUUUGGGACUGUCCACGGCUCGUGGAAGGGGGCGAUGUAAGAACCCGAGCUGUGACUACAUGUACAAGAACAGACACAAACCUGCAGUGUGCCCUAAAUGUGGCUGUGAGCUGACCCAGAGGAAGGCCAAGGGGACAAAGUCUGAGACUCUGCUCGAUCCGUACCAGGGACUGAGUCCCGCUCAGAAGGACAUCCAGCGGCAAAAUACCCUGCAGUUACUGCACCGUUCCAUGCAGAUUCCUGAGGGCGAGAUUGAGCUUCAGGAAAUGUUGACCCUCAUCCAGGAGCUCAACAGUCUCCAGAUCGUCCUGGUUCAACCCUGUGGGCAGGAGCACGAGGACAGCUUGGAGACGGCGACGGAGACCCUGGUGGAGUCCGGCUGGCCUCAGUUCUACGAGUCAGCAGCAACUCACUGUGGAUUGUGUAACUACCCUCUCUUCAAAGGAGAUCAGAGUACCAUCGCAGGACAAGAGGACUGCUGGCUGCUGACUGAGACACUAAUUCAGACGGCCACUCUUCAGCUCAAGGUGUGUCUCAAUGUUCAGUGUCUGGCUCUGCACAGCUUCACUGACCUACACCCAGGUUUGUUCAACAUUGGGAACAGACUGCUUGUAAGUAUCGACCUGUUUCUGAAGCUGAGGACUUGUAUCAAGCAGGGCCAAGCCCCCCCUCAGGCAGCCAGGACCAUACUAGACCACAACCCCAAUCACCCGGUCCACACUCUGAGUCCAGAGGAGACGGCUCAAAUUCAAGAGCUCCUCCUGAGUGGCUACUGGGCCUUUGAGUGUCUGACGGUGCGUGAUUACAACGACAUGAUCUGCGGCAUUUGUGGCGUUGCCCCUAAACUGGAGAUUGCGCAGCGAUACACAACCAAUGUCCUGGAGCUAAAAAACGUGGAGUUCACGUGGCCUGAGUUGUCCGUGUCAGAUGAGGUCCUCGUGGACGACUUCUGGCUGACCAUGGAAAGCGAGGCUAUCGAGCAAGCAACGUUCCCCACGGACAUCCCCAUCACGCGAGUGGAUGCUUCUAUCAUCGCUCCCUUCAUUCCCCCCCUGAUGAGGAGCCCCGCCGUCAUCAACACAGAGAAGAACAAGGUCGUACCCCGCACACCGCCCUCAGGAGAUCCUUCAGUUUUGGUGCGUCUCAUUCACGAUGGUCAGCUGAGACUCGAUAAGAUUGAGGAUCACAGUGAGAGCGAGCUGAGAACGAUUCUGGACCGCUGCGCCGCGGGUGUCACCCCAGACUCCACUAAGAAGGAGCUCCUGGCGUCCCUGAUCUCCUUGUACACACUUGUUCAUGGAGGCCUCUCCACGGCCCCUCCGCCCCCUCCACACCUCACCGCUGGCAAGCUGUCCAAGGUCUGCCCCCACAAGGUGGUGUGCGGCUCCAAGUACUUGGUGCGAGGUGAGACGUCUCGAGACCACGUGGACCUGCUGCUGUCCUCCCGCUACUGGCCCCCUGUCUAUGUUAGCGACUGUCCCCGCCAGGUGGCGCUGUGUGCCGACAUUCAGUAUCCAGAACAGGCCACCCAGAUGUGGGGAAGGAACCAAGGGUGCUUCUCUGACCCUUUUGAAAAACCAGCGUUUGUGUCAUGUGCUGAGCUACAAGAGCAGCCGUACAGCGCUGACCUCUCGUGGGUAGCAGAGAACCAGCAAGUCCACCCCAUCACCAAAUCAUCCAGCUGCUGGCUGGUUCAUCCUCCCGGAGCAGCCCAGGAGGCCCCGGCUCUCUCCUCAGACCACCACUCGAUGGUGCUCUGCAGGGAUCUGGAGCCCUACGUCCACCUGUUGGCUGAGCUGGAGAAAGAAGGGAAUGACGACGACGCUGACGAAGAACAGAAAGCCGAGGGGGACUCCGCUGAGGACUCCGAGGUCUGCUACUCGGUCAGCCGCGCGCGCCGCCAACCCGUGGUUUUCAACAACACGGCUUAUUACUACCUGUACAACCGCCUGGUAGAUUUCCUCACCAGCAGGGACAUCGUGAGCCAGCAGAUCAACCAAGUGGUGAAGGCCUGCCAACCGGGGGAGGUGGUGAUCAGGGACGCUCUGUACCGACUGGGCGUGGCCCAGAUCAACACGGAGAGAGAGGAAGACGAGGGGAGUGGAGCGGAGGGACAGACGCAAGAGACAUACGAGGUUGAGCUUCCUCAAUAAAAAAAUAAAGAAUAGUUCAGGAUGGACAUGAGGAAGAAUGAGGUUCUGCAAAAAGAGAAGCAAGUACGACGGGAGUUUCUAGGCGUCGCGGUGCUUUCCACAUCAGUGGGGGGGGAUGAACUUCCUUUAAACUAGCCUGUGCAACGGUAGAAAUGAUGAUGCAGAGAAAAAUAAUCCGUAGUGAAUACACCCAAAACAGGUAUUAUUCAAUUGCAUUCUUAGUUAUCUCUGACUACAGUAACAGUGAGUGUGGGACUUAAUAAAAGGCAAAAUGAUAGAGAGUGAAUGUCAGAAUUAUUUUUUCAAAUGACUAAAGGAAUGUAACAGUAUCUUUUUCAUUUACCACUGUGGAGACUUUAAAAAAGUAAAAGUGUAGAUAAAGGUGAUGUUUCCUGUGAUUUAAAGAAUGUAAACAGGAUUUUAAAAGCUCUUCUAAUUCAAGUUGGAAUGUAUUUAUUAUACGAAUAUAUUACAUUGCAUUUAUAUUCCAUCUUAUGUCAUGAAACCAUUGUGUUUUCACCUCUCCUUGUGAGAGGAUGGUAAAUGUUUCGCCUUCGAUUGUACUGAACUGAGUGUGGACCUCUAGGCCUUCGCCUUAUUUUUUUAUCAAGGUUUCUUCUCAACGGAGAUCCGUUUAAGGGCGCAUUCGAUCAAUAUUCUUAAUUCCACUAAUCGACAUUCAGCCUUUGAGAAUGAAGGAAAAUAUUACCUAGAUUUGCCGGCAUGAGUUGCUUUUAGAGAGAUUAUUUUUCAAUAAAAUCAAAUUGAUAAUGGA